AUGUGCUGCAAACCUAGCUCGGGCAGGCUGGACUGGCAAACUCAGUCGGACUACUGGCUGGUGUUCCUGCACGAGGUCAGCGCGUUUCUGCAGCACGGUGAUGCUGAGACGUUCCCAGGACCGCAGCCACAAAGCCAGCACAGCACCGUAACACGUUCGUCUUUGGCUGCUGCUGCUGCUACUACUACUACUACUACGACUACUUCUUCUUCUACUACUACUGCUGUUGUCAGGCUUGUCACGGGAGUCGCGGAUGGAGCUCGUCCACGAGGAUCCCAUGUCCUUGUUGGUGAGAUCAAGGUACAGACCGCUGGUGGAGCACAUUUGGCAACAUGA